AUAAACCUGCGUAGGUCCGAUGGCUCGUUAGUGGCAACUACGAUACCUCCCUUUGCUGGAUCUCUUUUGGAAUACACUUCAAACUCAAAAUGGGAUCAGGCGAUUCGCCUUUGCCGUCACAUCAAGAGUGAUGUUACCUGGGCUAUGCUUGCUGGCUUGGCUACUAUUGCGCAAAACACUUACGCAGCUGAGAUUGCUUAUGGAGCUUUGGAAGAGGCAGAAAAGGUUAAAAUGCUGGCAGAAGCUAGGACACAUCCGAACAAAGAAGUUCGCGCUGCCAUGAUGUUACUACUAGCUGGAAAGGUGCCAGAGGCGGAUAAUUUGUUGGAAAAAGGAGGUAGCAUCUAUCGCGCAGUGAUGCUUAAUAUCAUCAUGAUGCGGUGGUCACGGGCCCUUGACAUUGCCGUCAAGCACAACGCAUAUUUGGAAGUAGUUAUGGGCUAUCGCCAGCGUUAUCUGGAAAAGCUGGGCAGAGAAGAAACCGAUGAAAAGUUUAUUCGUCAUAGAGGAGAGGUAGAAAUUGACUUCAACCAUAUUCGGGAGGUAAUGGCUGAGGCGGAGGCUGCGGAAGGAAUAACAAAAUAG